GCUAUAGGAGGAGUGAUUGGACCCAUUAUCUCUUUCCUCAUAGUCGACAGGUGCGUAAUUCUUUGUUUUACUCACAAUGGCAAGGUGUAUGAUAGUAAAUGUUUUGCAAGACUUAUUACAGAUUCGGGCGAAAAUUCACUCUCUUAUCAGCCACUAUUCCAGUAAUCAUUGGACUCAUUCUCGUCCUUCUUGCCAAUUCUCCUGAAGUAUUAUACGUUUCAAGGCUCCUUUCCGGUAUCACUGCCGGAAUGGCUUAUGCUGCGAUGCCCAUGUACUUGGGAGAGAUCUCUUCAGACAAGAUUAGAGGAUCCAUUGGCACUCUGUUGAUGGUAAUGGCGUAUUUUGGCAUUCUCUACGUCUACGCUAUAGGACCCUAUGUCUCCAUUAGCCUCCUGGCGUGGAUUCUCAUGAUCCUCCCAGUCCUCUUUGUUGCGACAUUCAUUUGGCUGCCCGAAUCUCCUUACUUCCUUCUGCUGAAAGAUCGUCAUGAAGCAGCAGAGAAGAGCCUCCGCUGGCUCAGGAAGAGCGAGGAUGUUUCCGAAGAGCUUAAACGAAUGGACGGCGCUGUGAAGAAGGCCAAGGAGAACUGCGGAACUGUAAAAGAACUGUUCGCUCGUGGCAACAGAAGGAGUCUCAUCAUUUGCUGGGGAAUGGCCGCAUGUCAGCAACUCUGCGGUAGUCAAGCUGUUAUCGCUUAUUCACAGCAGAUUUUUGAGGAAGUUUCCAGCGGAUUAGGCGGCAGUGAAUCGGCGAUCAUCAUGGCUGUGGUCCAACUCGUGACAGCUUCCUUUUCCUCAUCAAUCGUCGAUCGCCUGGGCAGAAGACCUCUUCUGCUGAUCUCCACUUCUGGAGCCACGAUUUGCAACACUAUAGUGGGACUGUACUUCUUCCUGCUCCACCGUGGCGUCAAUAUGGACGCUCAUGCCUGGCUUCCAAUCACAACUUUGAUGAUUUUCAUUAUCUCGUACACAAUAGGCCUUACUACAGUGCCUUUUGCUCUCCUCAGUGAACUCUUCCCGACGAAUAUAAAGGCAAUCGCCACAGCUUCAUUCGCCGCGUUCACUGCUUUCGUCGGCUUCAGUGUUCUUAAGCUUUAUCAGCUUGUCUCAGAUGAACUCGGAAUGCACGUUACAUUUUGGGGAUUCGCCGUCCUUACUUUAUUCUUCGUGAUAUUUGUAUAUUUUUUAAUUCCUGAAACCAAAGGACGUCCGCUUGAUGAGAUUCUCGAAGAUAUGAAAUCGCCUUUGAAACGAAUGCAAAAGAACGAACCGGAAAAUGUGAUGAAAAGCCUUCAUUUACAUAAAUGUAAAAGAUCACUGAUUCUGCGGUCGCUUGAUAAACUCGAUCUUUAUGGGAUCUUCGGUCCUCAACACCAUAUCGGCGAUGAAGACAAUAUCAUCGCGAUGAGUGAUGGGAGAAAGGCGGAAGUUCAUCAGGAUGCUCUCGAUCACCGUCUUGAUUUCCAGCAGGGCGAAUUUCUGGCCAAUGCAAUUGCGUGGCCCGGCAGAGAAAGGAAGAUAAGCAAAAGGAUGGCGCCUCUCCACAUGUUCAGGCAGAAAUCUGUCCGGAUCAAAGCGCUCGGGAUCAGGAAAGACCUCAGGGUCUCGAUGGAGAUCGAAAAUAAGAGCCUCAAUCAAUGUUUUAGCGGGCAGUGGUGCAGCCGAAAGGGAAGGGGAUCCAUCAGCUUCCAGGAUGGAAAAUACGAAUGCCUUAAUUCAAAUUGUGACGAUUGCUCGGUAACUGCAAAGUCAAAUGCAAGUGAUUCAAAAAUGGAGGCAAUAAAGACGGCAUUGACGGCAGAGCAUGAAUUUGCUGAUGAAGAUGUCGUGUAUAAGGAGCGACAUGCCUAUAAAGGAAGAGGACUUCAAGCAACUACGGCGGUCAGAGAUUUCAUAAUGCUGUGCACGUUGAUUAUGGUCACCGCAGCCGCUGUCUAUGGCUGGACUUCACCGACUCUGCCGAAACUCACUGCUGAAGAUUCGCCAAUUCCAACAACAGCAGACCAGAGUUCGUGGAUUGUAGCAUUCUUAUCGAUAGGAGGAGUGAUUGGACCCAUUAUCUCGUUCCUCAUAGUGGACAGAAUAGGGCGGAAGAUCACUCUAUUAUCAGCCACUUUUCCAGUGAUCAUUGGAAUCAUCCUCGUCCUCGUGGCAAAUUCUCCUGAAGUCUUGUAUGCUUCUAGACUUUUCUGUGGCACCACUUAUGGAAUGGCUUAUGCUGCGAUGCCCAUGUACUUGGGAGAGAUCUCUUCAGACAAGAUCAGAGGAUCCAUUGGCACUCUGUUAACAGUAAUGGCGAAAUUUGGCAUCCUCUACGCUUACGCUAUAGGACCCUAUGUCUCCAUUAGCCUCCUGGCGUGGAUUCUCAUGAUCCUUCCAGUCCUCUUCGUUGCGACAUUCAUUUGGCUGCCCGAAUCUCCUUACUUCCUUCUGCUGAAAGAUCGUCAUGAAGCAGCAGAGAAGAGCCUCCGCUGGCUCAGGAAGAGCGAGGAUGUUUCCGAAGAGCUUAAACGAAUGGACGGCGCUGUGAAGAAGGCUAAGGAGAACCGCGGAACUGUACGAGAACUGUUCACUCGCGGCAACAGGAGGAGUGUUAUUAUUUGCUGGGGAAUGGCUGCUGCCCAGCAACUCUGCGGCAGUCAAGCUGUUAUCGCUUAUUCACAGCAGAUCUUUGAACAAGUAUCCAGCGGAUUAGGCGGCAGUGAAUCGGCGAUCAUCAUGGCUGUGAUUCAACUUGUGACAGCUUCCUUUUCCUCAUCAAUCGUCGAUCGCCUGGGCAGAAGACCUCUUCUGCUGAUCUCCACUUCUGGAGCCACGAUUUGCAACACUAUAGUGGGACUGUACUUCUUCCUGCUCCACCGUGGCGUCAAUAUGGACGCUCAUGCCUGGCUUCCGAUCACAGCUAUUAUGCUGUUCAUUAUCUUUUACACUGUUGGCUUGGCCACAGUGCCUUUCGCUCUCCUCAGUGAACUUUUCCCGACCAAUAUUAAGGCGAUCGCCUCAGCUUCUUACGCUGCCUUUGCGGGUUGCAUUGCCUUUGGUGUUUUUAAGCUCUAUCAGGUUGUUUCCGAUAAUCUCGGAAUGUACGUGACAUUUUGGGGAUUCGCCGUCUUUACACUCUUCUUCGUGAUAUUCGUGUAUAUUCUGAUCCCUGAGACCAAAGGACGUCCGCUUGAUGAGAUUCUCGAAGAUAUGAAAGCUUUGAAAUCGCCACUAAGACGAAAGCAAAAGAACGAACCGGAAAAUGUGAUAAAAAGCCUAUAA